AUGUAUCGAGCCGAGCCUGUUCUUAACCAGCACCUUGAGGUAAUGAAGCAUCAAAGAGCAUUCCAACUUCAUACUGAACGUUUGAAGACUCAGAAAUCAACAAUUGAUCAAUCUCCACCACCUCCAUGCCCAAGAUUACAAAUUUAUCGUGAAAGAAGAACGAAAGAAUUGCAGGAAUUGUUUAAGUUUUCUCAAAAAAGGAUUGAAAUGUUAAAUGAAAUCACAGGAUAUCAUGAAGAUGAAAAGAAGGCACCUCUUUCAGCACGUAUCUCUCUCAAACCUAAUAUCACUAAGCCUGCUAUUAGUAAAACAAAACGUGUUCAUACAGCAAGAGAUGAAGAAGAUCAAAAGGUCGAAAAUGAAGAGCAAAAGCCUGUAGUUCAAGAACCCAAGAAGCCAUCUCCAAAGAAGAACUUGAAGCGCACAAACCCAAGAAGAAAAGGAAAGAAGUUACCUGUCGUUGAAUCUGUUGAUCAAGGCGAAUAUGGAUUUGUUGCAGAAAUUGACUCAAAAGUUGAAGAUGAGAAUAAGCAUCCUGAAGAGGAAGCCCAAAAGGAAGAACAGCAAGAAAAAGAAACUGCUGAAGAGGAAAAGAAGGAAGAGAAGCCUCAAAAUGAGGAUCAAUUUUCUCUUAAGAAAGAAUUUGAAGAAAAACUUGAGCCAAAUGGUGACGAAAAUCAAGAAUCUACUCCAGAAAAUCAAAAUACUGAAGAAGAAAAGCCAGCUAAUGAAGAACCACCCAAAGAUACUCAGUAUACAGGUCUAACAAUUAAUGACCAUGUCGAAGAAGUUUCUCUCAAAACAGACGGAGAUCCAACAAAUGAUCCGAAACCACAAGAAGAAGAGCAUAAGGAAGAACCAGUCGAAGAAGAGAAGAAAGAUGACUUCGAUGAUUUUGCUGAUGCAGAUGAUGAAAGACCUGCUAAACAAAAUGAAAACCCAAGUGAAGGUUCUUUCAACGGAAUAUUAUUAGACAAGUUAGUUCCAAAUGCUAAGGAAGAAGAAUCACAUGACGAUAAUACUAAUCUCGGAAGAACAUUUUCAAAUGAUUUUGAUUUAUCAAAUACAGGCGGAGUUUCAGAGACAAACCAUGAAAACAACGAUGAUGACUUUGAUUCAACACUUGGUAAUUCCUUUACAUUAACAGGUGCAAUCAAGGAUAAGCUUGAAGAUAAUGAUGAUAAUGAUGAUAACUUCGAGAAGGAUUUUGAUUAA